UUGCCGCUGCUUUCUGCUUUUGCAAUUCUCCCAAAACCAUGUUCUCCAAUCACUACACAACAUCACACAACUCCCACUCCCCAAUCCUCAUCCUCUCUUUUUAUCUCUCUCCCACCACCACCAACCACCACCAGGCACCACCCAACUCUCCGGCCGGUCUCAAUUUCCUCAUAAGUCAUAACCAUCAUCAUUAAUGAUAAACCCCUUUUUAACAAACCCAAUUCAAAACAUGAACAACCCAUCUUUUCUCUAACCAUUUUCCACUUUCUAUCCACAGCCCCACCCACUCUUUCUCAAAUUCUUCAAUCCCAAAAAAAAAAUGGAUAUCCAAACAGUAGAUGAAAAACACCAACACAUAGACGGAACCACCAUCCGAAACAUGGUGUUUGGGAAGUACGAAAUGGGUAGACUAUUAGGGCAAGGCACCUUCGCCAAGGUCUACUACGCCAAGAACAUCAUCACCGGCGAGAGCGUCGCAAUCAAAGUCAUCAACAAAGACAUGGUGAUGAAAGAAGGCAUGAUGGACCAAAUCAAGCGCGAGAUCGCCGUCAUGCGCUUGGUCCGACACCCCAACAUCGUCGAAAUGAAGGAGGUCAUGGCCACCAAGCACAAGAUCUUUUUCGUCAUGGAGUACAUCAAAGGCGGCGAACUCUUCGCCAAAGUCCUCAAAGGCAAACUCAGAGAAGACUCUGCUCGGAAAUACUUCCAGCAACUCAUCAGCGCCGUCGAUUUCUGCCACAGCCGCGGCGUCUACCACCGCGACCUCAAGCCGGAGAACUUACUCCUCGACGACAACGAGAACCUCAAGGUCUCCGAUUUCGGCCUCUCCGCCUUGCCGGAGCAGUGUAGGCAUGAUGGGUUGCUUCACACCCAGUGUGGGACUCCGGCGUAUGUUGCGCCGGAGGUUCUGAGGAAGAAAGGGUACGACGGUGCCAAGGCGGAUUUAUGGUCUUGUGGGGUGGUUCUGUAUGUUCUGCUCGCAGGGUUUCUUCCAUUUCAGGAGGAGAAUGUGAUGAAGAUGUAUCGGAAGGUGUUCAAAGCUGAAUUCGUAUUUCCACCAUGGUUUUCGAGUGAUGCGAAGAGGUUGAUUUCGAAGCUCUUGGUGGCUGAUCCUGAGAAGAGGAUUUCAAUUUCGGGAAUUACACGAGUCCCUUGGUUUCAAAAGGGUUUCACGAGACCCAUCGCUUUUCCGAUUCAUGAACCAGUUUCAGACAACUUCAGUGUGAUUGGAGAACACAACAGAGCAGAGAUUGAGAUGGUGAGAUCGAAAUCGUCACCGCCUUUUUACAAUGCGUUUGAGUUCAUAUCGUCGAUGUCAUCCGGGUUCGAUCUGUCCAGCCUCUUCGAGAGUCAGAGGAAAUCCGGGUCGAUGUUCACGUCAAAAUGCUCGGCGUCGGCGAUCAUGACGAAGCUGGAGGCGGUGGCGAAGAAGCUGAAAUUUAAGGUGAUUAGCGUGAAGGAGUUCAAGGUAAAGAUGCAGGGGACUAGUGAGGGUCGGAAGGGGAAGUUGUCGGUGGCGGCGGAGGUGUUCGAGGUGGCGCCGGAGGUUGCGGUGGUAGAAUUCUCCAAGUCCUCCGGCGACACGCUCGAGUACAAAAAGUUUUGCGAGGAGGAUGUUAGACCCGCGUUAAACGACAUCGUUUGGAGUUGGCAAGGUGAAGAUAACAGUCAACACUGCUAAGCUCCGGGUCAGUGGGUCAAUUAGGACAAAACCCAAAUCUAAAACCCUAAUCGAAAGAGUAUUAACCUAAUUUUGUACGAAUAUAUAUGGUAAUGUUAUUUGUUUGUUUGUUUUUUUGUUUUUGUUUUUGUUUUUCUGUUUCGGGUUUUGUUUUUCCGAAGUAAUUUGACUUUGUUGUAUAGGGUUUUGAAUUUUUAAAUGUAUAUUUGGAUUUUCCCAAUAUAUAGUAGUAUAGUAAUAUAAUUUGAAAGGUAAUGGUGGUUUUAUUUAUAUAUACCAUUUGCCUUUUUUGGUGGUAA